GGGUCUUUAUUGAGUUUUCCAACAAAAAUGUCCUUUUUAGAGAGAGAAGUUGAGAGUUGUAAGAGAGAGAGAGAAAACUUUGUCCAUGAAAUAGGAAGAAGACAAAUGCUGAGUGUGUCACUGCCAUUUCUGGGGGUUUGAGGCUUCUCUUUCAUUCAUAUAAUCUCAAAAAACAACACUAGGGUUUUACACUUUUUGUUUUGGAGCUUUUCUUGAACUUCAUUUGUAAUGUUAUCAAGAUUUCUAAAGGGCUAAACGCUUUGCUGGUCCAUUUCGAGGCUACCACUUGAGUGCAUUUACACUGCAUUAAAGAAGAGGGGAAGUUGGUGAAUGUGGGAGCAAACCUGAGGUUCCAACAUAACUCAAAAAGGUGUAAUCAUUGCAAGAAGCUGAAUUUCUUCAGUAAAUCUUUGAAAAAGACUGCUUCUUUUUUGGUCAUUAAGCUUACAUUCUUGGUAAAAAUGUUUGUUGUUAUGUGAGAAAUUGCUUGAACUUGUUCUGUCUGCACUUUGUUUUUUUCACUCAUUGCCUCCUUUCAGCUACUAUUUGUAGAAAAAUUGCUCUUCUUGAAUCUGUCUUGCAUUGCUGUUUUUAGACAGAAUUUGGUUUUUGGUCCAUAUAUUGUUGGCUGAAGGAGGAUUCUUGUGAUUUUGGGUUGAAGUUGGAUGCUUUUUGGCUGUUGUUUUACUGCUUUUGAGCUGUAAUGGUUGUUAUUGAGGUUUAGUGGCAUGGAUAUAAGUUUGUGAAAAGUGGUUUUCAUAUGUUGAGCUUCUACUUAUAGUGAACCUCAUACUUACAGCUGCCCCCUUUUGGAUUUCUUUAAGCUUGGAAGUUUGAAGAUUUUCUUGAUUUUUUGGUGUGAGUUUGUCACUUUGUUUAGCAGAGCUUCUUCUGGUGUUAUAAUGAAGCUAUUUAGGUGCUUGAUACUUGUGCUUUGUUUUGGUUCUGCUAUGGGGCAGCUUCCUUCUCAGGACAUUUUGACCCUUCUUGAGUUCAGGAAGGGUAUAAAACAUGAUCCCACGGGUUAUGUACUUCAGUCAUGGAAUGAGGAGUCGAUUGAUUUUAACGGUUGCCCUUCAUCUUGGAACGGUAUAAUGUGCAAUGGUGGUAAUGUUGCAGCUGUUGUCCUUGAUAACUUAGGUUUAUCUGCUGAUGCAGAUUUGAGUGUGUUUGCGAACCUCACAAUGCUUGUGAAACUCUCUAUGGCUAACAAUUCAAUUGCUGGAAAUAUGCCAAACAAAAUUGGUGAAUUCAAGAGCCUUAAGUAUCUGGAUAUUUCAAACAAUCUAUUCACCUCCUCUUUACCACCAGAGAUUGGAAAAGUAGGAAGCUUAAAGAAUCUGUCAUUAGCUGGUAACAACUUCUCUGGCCCAAUCCCCGAUACGAUUUCAGAGCUCAUGUCAAUUGAAUCUUUGGAUUUGAGCCACAACUUUCUUUCUGGGCCACUUCCUUCAUCUUUGACCAAGUUAAAUAAUUUGGUAUACCUCAAUCUAUCUCUUAAUGGAUUUACAAAGAAAAUCCCAAAAGGAUUUGAGCUAAUGGCUAACCUUGACGUUCUUGACUUGCAUGGAAAUAUGCUUGAUGGUACUUUGGAUCCAGAGUUCUUAAUGUUUACUACUGCUACUUAUGUUGACUUAAGUGGAAAUUUACUUGUCAGUUCUACCUCUCAACAGCAGAAAUUUCUGCCGGGCAUAUCGGAGUCGGUAAAGUACUUGAGUCUUAGCCAUAAUCAACUUACUGGGUCACUAGUAAGUGGCGGUGAAGCUCAGGCAUUUGGGAACUUGAAAGUUCUGGAUUUGAGCUACAAUCAGCUGUCGGGGGAAUUACCUGGCUUCAAUUUUGUUUAUGAUCUUCAGGUCCUUAAGCUCAGCAACAAUAGAUUUUCCGGGUUCGUCCCAAAUGAUCUUUUGAAAGGAGAUUCUUUGGUUCUCACAGAAUUGGAUUUAAGUGGAAACAACCUCACAGGGUCAAUAAGCAUGAUUACAUCAACAACUUUGCGUGUCCUUAACUUAUCCUCCAAUGCUCUUUCCGGUGAACUUCCAAUGGUGACAGGAAGUACUGCAGUACUUGAUCUCUCAAAGAACCAGUUAGAGGGAAAUCUAACUAGAAUGCAGAAAUGGGGGAAUGUUGAAUUUCUUGACCUCAGCCAAAACCGAUUGACUGGAAACAUUCCUGAGGUUACAGCUCAGUUUCUGCGGUUAAAUCACCUAAACCUUUCUCACAAUACCCUUACUGGAACUCUCCCAAAGGUUAUCACACAGUUUCCUAAGAUCACAGUCCUUGAUCUCAGUUUCAACCAGUUGGAUGGGCCUCUUCUCACUUCUCUGCUGACAUUACCCACUAUUGAAGAACUUCACCUACAAAACAAUGCACUUGUUGGAAGUAUUGAUUUCCCUGCCCCCUCUGCUACUCCCAACCUCCGAGUUCUUGAUCUUUCUCAUAAUCAGCUUGCUGGUUAUCUUCCUGAUGAGUUUGGCUCGUUGACCGCUCUUCAAGUACUUGAUAUAGCUGCAAAUAAUUUCUCUGGAUCUCUGCCUACUUCGAUUGGUCAAGUUAGUGCACUUACUUCUCUUGACAUUUCGCAGAAUCAUUUUACUGGUCCACUGCCAAAGAAUCUGCGUAAUGGCCUCCAAAGCUUUAAUGCGUCACUCAAUGACUUAUCUGGUGUUGUUCCUGAAAAUUUGAGAAAAUUUCCGUUAUCAUCUUUCUAUCCUGGAAACUCUGGACUUCAAUUUCCAAAUCCUCCAUCAGGAUCUGGCCAAGCUUCAGCAGAAAACCAGAAAAGCAGAUCACUUAAGAGUAUCAUCAAGGUGGUAAUAAUAGUUGCUUGUGUAAUUGCUCUUAUUAUUUUGGUGUUACUAGCCAUUUUCAUUUACUAUAUACGAGCGUCAAGGAAGCCUCAUCCUCAAGUUACUAAAAAGGAUGUUCAUCACCAAGCCCCAUCACAUCCUUCUGGCUUUAGUAGUAGGGAGGGUACAGGUGGUGUAGUCGUUUCAGCUGAAGACCUUAUGACUUCACGAAAAGGAUCAUCAGAAAUAAUUAGUCCAGAUGAGAAAAUGGCUGCUAUAACUGGUUUCUCCCCUUCGAAAGGUAGCCAUUUCUCAUGGUCACCAGAGUCUGGAGAUUCGUAUAUUGCAGAAAACUUUGCAAGGUUAGAUGUGAGGUCUCCAGAUCGUCUUGCUGGAGAGCUGUACUUCCUUGAUGAUACAAUCUCUUUUACACCCGAGGACCUAUCUAGGGCUCCGGCUGAAGUCCUAGGCAGAAGCAGCCAUGGUACAUCUUACAGGGCAACACUAGAGAACGGGUUGCUCCUGACUGUGAAAUGGUUGAGAGAAGGAGUGGCAAAGCAGCGAAAGGAUUUUGCAAAGGAGGCAAAAAAGUUUGCCAAUAUAAGGCAUCCUAAUGUAGUAGGAUUAAGAGGUUACUACUGGGGUCCCACACAGCACGAGAAGCUCAUUCUUUCGGAUUAUAUAUCUCCCGGAAGUCUUGCAAGUUUCCUCUAUGAUCGACCGGGUAGAAAAGGCCCACCACUAACGUGGCCCCAAAGACUCAAAAUAUCAGUUGAUGUUGCACGUGGUCUGAACUACCUCCAUUUUGAUCGUGAGGUGCCACACGGAAACCUUAAAGCAACUAACAUCUUGUUGGACGGGCCAGACCUUAAUGCACGAGUUGCGGAUUACUGCCUUCACCGCCUCAUGACUCAAGCCGGCACAGUAGAACAGAUUCUUGAUGCUGGAGUGUUGGGUUAUCGUGCCCCCGAGUUGGCUGUGUCGAAGAAGCCACUGCCUUCCUUCAAAUCAGAUGUAUAUGCUUUUGGAGUUGUUUUGUUGGAGCUGCUAAGUGGGAAGUGUGCAGGUGAUGUCGUCUCUGGCGAAGAUGGUGGAGUAGACUUAACUGACUGGGUAAGGUUGAAGGUGGCAGAAAGUUGUGGCUCGGAUUGUUUUGACAGUAUGUUAUCGGCCGAGAUCGGAAAUCCAGCAAUGGAGAAGCAGAUGAAGGAGGUUCUUGGGAUAGCUGUUCGAUGCAUUCGUUCUGUAUCUGAGAGGCCAGGUAUCAAGACUAUAUAUGAGGACCUUUCAUCUAUAUAGUUUGUACUCAUUUUGGUAUUGGUGAACCAUAUGUUUUGCUCUUCUUUGGGAAUCAAAUAGCUCAUUGACCUCCCUUUUGAGUAGUAGAAUUAGAUCCAGUUAGUGUGUGAAUGGGCCGGGGCUAGUUUUAUUGACCGUUUGCUUGUUGUAAAUUGGGGCAUACUUAAUGUGUAAACAAACUUUUCUCCCCUUUUGGUGGACAAUUCAAAAGCAAAGAGGCUAAGUACUUUUGGCCUACUUUAUUGUUUUGAUGAGGACCUACUUUAUUGGUAGCAAGAUAUGCAUGCAGAUGUGGUAUCAUUUGAGGAUAAGAGUAUGCAUUGGUAUCUGUUUUCUGGAGUUCCAAUUGUAUGGCGGAGGAGAAAAUUAUUCUUGAAACUCCCUCUUUUAAUAUGCCGCGGAUGCUAUGCUGGAAAUCCCUUCUUUGAACGCGCCAUGGAUACUAUUCUGGGAGUGACUAAAAUUGAAGUAACUCUGAGUUUAUUUCCAAAUCUGCAGCACGGAUAUGCUCUAACAAUUCAGCUGACAUUAAUUCUGCUCUGCAUAGUGGCCACUAAGGUUUUAUAGAAAAAUCCUACUGUAGACGUGGAGUAUGAUUAUAUGCUCAAAUUGAUAAAUUGCCAAUUUUGAAUAAACCUUGUUAUAGGCU